AUGACGCUACACCUUUACACGCUCUCACGGGACCGUGUCUCGGACUUCAAGCUUUUGCCUGCCGUCGCACGAAUACACCUCGCUGCGUGGAUGACAAUCGAGCUCAUGCAGACAGUGUACUCCAGCCCCGAAAGUUCUCAUCCCAUUAUUAGGCAGAAAUACCUCGACCGACACACACAUUCGUUGCAGAAUGAGCCGCAAUGUCGGUGCGUUGUGGUAAUCGACGACGAACUGAAAGACGAAACUGUCCUGGAACACGAAGAGGGCAGUACCGGGACUGAACAGGUCUCAGAGAAGCCCCGUGGGCGUGUCAUUGCUGCAAUCAAGUAUUAUCUCGUCCCCGAAGGAGGCCCGCAUCCGGAUACCGGUACGCAAGAGGUCAUCGACAAUCCCGAUCAGCCCGUCCACGGCUUGACACAUGAGAACGAGGCGCUGAGGAAUGCCUUCGUCGGGCCAAUGGUGGCCGCCCGCAAGCAUGCGAUGAAGACUCUCGGCUCACAUAUGGUCAUUGACGUCCUGUACACGGAUCCUGCACACCAACGCCGUGGGGCGGGCGGUAUGCUUAUGCGUCAUGCCUGUCGUGAGGCCGAUGGUCUGGGAUUGCCCACCAUGUUGGAGGCUAGUCCUGCUGGAGUGAGCGUGUACGAGGCCGUUGGUUUCACGAAGGCAGAAUGGCCCGGGGCAGAAAUCUGGAUCGACCUAAAGAGAUGGGACAACGGUGGGGAUAGAGGUCAAGAAUUCGAGGACGAGAGGCUAAGGGCGGAUCCCGGCAGGAAGGAUGGCUGGUACGCGCAGAUCGUCAUGGUCAGGCCUGCACAGGCUAAAGGGGACAGUGGAAAGGUGCCCCGAGAGCCGGAAGACCAAGACGCCAUUGUGGUAUGA